AUAUAAGACAGCUUCAUGGAUGAGCGCUCCAGGCCAGGGCUAGCCACUGAGCUUGGUGGUCAGGGAUUACUGCUGUCCAGGAUGGAUGACACAGAGAAUUUAACCAGCUUCAAUAAAUUCUUGAGUAUACAACAGGAGAUUGCAGCAAUUCUAAGUAACACUGACUGGAAUAACACAAAACCCCUUGGGCAGCUGCAGACUGUGUGGAAAGAGAUAAGAACGAUCAGGGAAUCGCAACAAGAUCAAAUCAAAAGACUUGUCAAAGCAUGGCAAGAUUAUGAACAUGUUGAGGCUAGUAAAACAACAUGUGGGCAGGAUGCUGCUCAGAUAUUGUCACAAGAGGAAUCAGUACAAGGGGAGGUAACCCAAGCAAAGCAGUCACUCAUAAGAUCUAAGGAAGAAUAUGAAGAUGUCCAACAGAAGCUAGAGACCAGCAAGUCUGAGCUGAACCAACUGCUGAAAGAUAGAGAAGUUGUAGAGAAACAGACAACCCAGUCACUUCCAAAGGCCAGAUAUGAUGUGAACCUGUACAUGAAUAUCACAAAUAUAAGAUGGCAGUUUGACAGUGACCCAGAGGAAGUGAAAGGCUUUGUUUGCAACAAGAAUGAUGUCAAACCCUUCUCCCUGAACAGCAAACAAGUGUCCAAGUUUUUCAUCUCGAAUUAUUUGUGGGACCUGAUAGAGGAAGACUGGUGAACACCAAGAACAUCAUGUUUAGGACCAUGAAACAGGCAGGAUAAUCUUCCUGUCCUCUGGCUAUUAUAGAGCUGUGAACUCUCAUACAGCACCUACUAACUAAAGUGUUCAAUAGCAUGGUAAAGGCUGUCCAUUUGACAGCUCAUUCUACCAUUGGUGCUAUAGAUAAGUGAGCUAAAUCUAAUAUCAAAUGAGAGUUAAAACUGUAUCACAUCUGAUAAAAAGACGUGGUAUCAUGUGAACUUAUCUCCGCAUGAAUAGUUUACACAACUCUAUACAUUGUAUUAACAAAGUAACAAGAAAUUUGCUUUAGGUCUUCUUAGCAUGUUUUGAUCAAAUUUUAUACAAAGGUAAAGUAUGAGAAUACUUCAAAGCAGGAAAUCAAUUAAGUUCACAUUGAAAGCCAACUUUUAUCAAAAUUAUGAGAUUGCCUUGGUUGCUUUCAUGUUUAUUUGAUACUAGGUCACUGCUACUGAAAAUACUUUGGAGACAAUGUUUCUGUUAAUAGUCAAGUGGUUUCAAACUCUUGAUAGUGAUUGAAAUGAAAUUCAUGAGUUAUCACCUGCAUCUGUGAAGAUUAUAUUUAAACUACACUAUAUAUAGGGGGUAAUUCUAAAUAUGUUUGAGAGCAGUUGGUUAUAUAUGUAAUUUACAAAUGCUACUCUGGCCAUUUAUGUCAUGGAUACAGACAUAUAGGGAUUUAUUUCUAGUGUAUCAAUAUAACUAGUUGGUAAAGUUCAAUACAUUUUGCAAAUUUAAUUAGCAGGGAUACUUUGGGGUAUUAGGCUGUAGUGUUGCAAUCAAGGUUAACACUUGUUAUGUUGUACAAUUGCAAUUUGUACCUUUCAUACCUGUGUAAUUUACUUUUCAAAAAUACAACACUUACCGCCUCAUUACAACACUUGGGAUCACUGCCUUAUACUUUCUUUCGUUCCUUUCUUCUCUUUCUUAGCUUCCUUCUGUUUUCUUUUCUUCUACUAGAGUUUUCUUUACUCCGAUCCUCAACCUUGGCUUUUACUCUCUUCUUGACACUAGUCCACAUACAACCCAGGCUGGUGGUGUCUCCUUGACGCCUGUCCACAUAUGAUCCUGACUGACAGUGUCUCAUUGACCCCUGCUCAUAAAAUAUAUGACUCUGGCUGUCGAUGUCUCUUUGGCCCUGGUCCACACAUGACCCUGGCUGGUGGUGUCUCCCUGACACCAGUUCACAUAUGACCCUGGCUGAUAGCGUCUCUUUUACCCCGAACCACACAUAUGACCCUGAUUGGUGGUGUCCCCUUGACACCUGUUCACAUGUGAAUGUACCAUGUAGGUAUUGUGUAUAUAAAACAUAAUGAUAGGUUUUAACUUCUACAUGUAUAUUGUUAGAUAAUUCCUAUUCUGAGGCAGUUUGUGGUUGAAUCGCAUUCUCCGAGUAUCGAUAUGGAUGCAUUACAAUUUACGUUGUACAUGUAUAAUAAAACUAGAUUUUACUUUG